AAACAUUCAAAGUCAAUAGAGACUUCUGGAUAACGUUGAUCUGGAUCAAUGUCGAUUACUCCUCAAAUUCUUAAUUGGCUUCAAUACCAAGUGGGGUUUCCUUAUUAAAGAUGAAGACUCUGUUUAGUUUCCUGGUCUUCUGCAUUAUUUCUGAUCACGAUUGCUAUGGCUGUCAGAAUUUCUCAGUCUAUAAUGUAGCCUUCACUGCAACAAACUUUGAAUACAUUCUGCGAUGGAAGCAGCUGGAUAUGGAAGCAAAUGUAACGUCUAGUGUUCAGUAUAAGAGGUAUGGAGAUAAAAUCUGGUCCAUCAAGGAAGAAUGUCAGAAUAUCACUAGGUUUUACUGUAACCUUACAGAUGAGUUCAUGGUUGAUGAGAAUGCAUUCAUGGAACAAUACAAUGCUCGGGUCAGGGCAUUUUCAAAAAAUUGUUCUUCAGACUGGGUCAUGUCAAAGCGGUUGCAUCCCAUAGAUGACACGUACAUCGAUCAGCUAGAGCUGAAGGUCAUUGAAGAUGUCUACUCCAUAACAAUCAUAGUACAACCUCCUUUACUGCCUACCUACACUAGUUUCUACAAGGAUGGAUUAUUUAAAUAUUACAUGAGUUUUGGAAGCACAGAGGGAGAUCAAAUAUGGCAAAAAACAGAGACAAACAACACAUUUAUUGUUCCUGGUUUAAAACCUGAUACUAAAUAUAAUGGAAGUGUGUACAUUCUGAUCAACAAUGAAAAGAAAAGCGAUAUCAAGACCUUUGUCGUGAAAACACUUCCAGAUCCCUUGUUUGUCACCAUGAUACUUUGCAUGCUUGCUAUCUUGCUUGCUCUCUCGGCUGGAGUUUUACUGUAUUUGUUCUACCAAUAUGUGAAGCAACAGGGACAGAUACCACAGUCUUUGGACUUUGGAAAAUCUAUGCCCUUCCUUGUGUUGCAUCAAUCGGCGGAUAGGGUGAACACUUUAGACCCAGUUCAGGACCACCUUCACAAUUUAGAAAAAUGUGUAUAUAGAACAGUGCAUCCAAUCAAACCUAAUACCGAACAAACAGAUGCCCUGCCUCCCGCAGCAUACUUUUCUCAACAAGGACACCAAGAUAUAAACAACAGCAAAAUGGACUCUCUUAAUGAUUAUGCAUUUGGGGUUAUACCAUCUUAUAAAAACAUGCCCAACCCUACUUGGGGUAGAGAAUGCAACGAAUUUUCAUAUCAUCGUCAGAUGAACCAUCAUUUGAAUUUUCACCCAAAUAUUAGCUUGAUUAAUGAUGAAGAAGAAUGGGACAAUUGCAAAACCAUAUCACAGUUGUCAUGUCAAGAUGAAAACAACACCUUAAAUGUCAACACAUCAUUGUUAUUAACUGUUACAUUAAAUGAUCACCUUGACUUUAAGGGAGAUAUGGACCAAGAUGAGCAGCAGAAAACAGCUUUCUUGUCAAACUGCAGCAAUGGAUAUGGAUGUUCAGAUAAUCAAACAGACCAAAAAACAUUGGAAGAUCCAAUGGGGACGGAUCAAUACACAUCCCAACAUCCCCAUAGGUCCAUACAAGCUGAUGGAUUGGACAAUACAUGGGUGUGCCAAAAUCCUUAUAGACUGCAGAACUAAGUGUCCAAGUUUUUUUCCCAAUAAAUUUUAUUUUGUUUUUCGAAAA